AGCGGAUCCCCGCUUGUCCGCACCGGGGGCAGGUUGAUCGGAUGCCUUUCACCGCAGCGGCGCCGUUAGACGUUCUCCGCUCGGGAUUAAUUGGUUGACCAAUGGCUCCAAAACAUGCGCUCCUCUCCGGCGGCGGCGGCGGCAGUGGCCCCGGGGUCGCAGGGGUAAAUAAGACGGGGGACCGCCGCUCCUCCUCGCCGACGGCAUGCAUCCCUGUGGCGGGCACCGCGGCCGUCUGUUCGCCGAUGAACGGGCAGAGGACGCGCGCGCCGGACGGGAUGCCGGCCCGGCGGUUGGUGGCCGUCAGCGCGGUGCUGGUGCUGAUGCUGCAGAGCUCCUUGGCCGCCGACGGCCACCACGAGUCACUGGGACGGGCUGUCAUGGCUGUGGACCCUGCGGCGGCCCCCAACCUCUCAGCCAUCCCCCUGACUGGAGACACAGCUGGGGCGAAAGACAAAGACGGCGAACCCAGACGCUGGCCCGGGGGAAGCCUUUUCGCUAUGGCCCGAGCAGCGGUUUGGACCCAAGCGAAAGCGGGGGUGCGCGCGGGGGCAGAUGGCGCCGUCUUCGCGGAGACCCGGGCUAAAGUCGGGGCGGAAUGGAGUCCCGUGGAGGCGGAGGGGGGAGGCAUGCCAAGCGUGCCCAGGGACACGGUUGCCUGGCCGGGGCAGCGCGGCGAGGGCCAAAGAGAGCGGGCGGCCCUCUCAUCGGCCCUCGCCAAUGGGACGGCGGAGCUCUCAGCACCAGCGCAGAGAAAACCUUUAGGGCUGCUGUCUAAAGCUGCUUGGACCAAAGGCACCUCUUUAUCCUCAUCCAAGGCCUCCUCCUCUUCCUCCUCUUCCUCCUCAACCACAACAAAGGCAUCCUCUUUGCCCUCCUCCACCUCCUCCUCUCCGGCCAACACAAGAGACACUCAGACAGCGAGACCAGACAACGUCUCCCUGGUCGUCGCCAACAGCAACUCCUCCAGCAGCAAUAACAGCUCCAGUUUGGAGGAGUCGGUGAGCAGCCUGCCAGCCUGGGAUCUCCCCACUGUCCCCGAGUCGCUCCUGUCCACAGUGGGCGACCACGACGUCACACUCCCUGCCAACGUCACCAGCCCUUUCUCCACCCACAAGUGGAACACCACCAUGCCCGUGCGCACCAGAAACACCUCACGUCACGCGACCACAUUAACCACCACCGUAAACACGUCUCUAUCACCCACCACCUCCACUUUAUCGUUAUCCACCACGACGAGAGCACAAACACCAUCGGGGCCCGGUACAGUUUCACCAACCUCGAGCCCGGAAUCUGUGACCAAUGAGGGCCUUCAGCUGACGACGAUAACCACGACGACGCCCUCGACGACCACUCUUACCGUGACCGCCGCUGAGAUGACGACACAGGUGGCGACCACUAGGAGCGCUGUAACAGCAUCACCAAAUGCAACAACUGCUGCUACAACCGCCCGGCAAACAACAAGCCUCAAACUGACCACGGCGGCUACAACUCAGCCCACAACCACCACCACGACCACACCUGCCACCACCACCACCACUACUACGGUCGCCCCGACGACCACCCCCCCUACCACCACCACCACCACAACCACCACUAUGCUUCCCACCACUACGACAACCACUACGCCUGCAACUACUACUACUACUACUGCUGCCACCACCACUACUACCACCACUACGACCACAACAACAAAGGCACCGGCCACCACUGUCUUCAUCCCAAUCGUAACCACGCCGCCUCCCACCACGACCACUGAACCUCCGUCCAGUACCAGCGCAGAGGAAAGUCCUCUACCAUGCAACGUGACCGAGAAGUUCUGGGUCAGAACUGUUCUGUCCAUUGAGCUGCGUAGGAACUGCCUGGAUCUGAUCCUGAAACAGAACCUCUCUAAAGGACUGAGCCACGCCCUGCAGAGAGCCCUGAAUGACUCCACAGCCAAUGCACAGGUGGAGCACGACGACUGCAGCCCCCACAACGUGACGUUGGGUUACUACGUGGCCAGCGGCAAGACCGUCUACGUUUCCUCCCGGGUGGUCGAGGCGCUGCACGUCUACGGCUUCGACAAGCUGCUGUCGGACAUCCGGCAGCACACCCCGUCGGUCAAGGCGGUCCUGGUUCCCGUGGCAGGCUGGGUGCCCUCUCCGAGCAUCCACCUGCAGCUGAAAACAGUGUUGAGGUUCGUCGGCCCGACCGAUAACGUCUACUCCUGCAGCUUCGUCCAGAUGUUGGAGCAGCGGCUGGAAAACGCCUUCGAAGAGGCCCAGGACAAAGUGCUGGAGACCUACAACCGGCUCACCGUGGAGAUCCAGAGCGUGUCCCAGGAGCCGGGCUCCCCGUCCGUCUCCCUGGUGUACGUGGUGAAGAACCAGGAUGCCAUUCUCAACGGGACCAUCUCCAGCGGCCUCCUCAACCAGCUGACCGCGGAGCUGGUGGGCUACUUCCUGUUCUACCCACCCAUGGUCAUCGCCGAGCCCCUUGAAUACCAUAAUCUCAACACGUCGAUGGUGACCAAGAACUAUUGGGUGAUAACAGUGAUCCAGGAUGUGGAGAACUCCUCCCUGGAGGCCAACUACCAGAGCUUCGCCAGCCUGAUGGAGCAGCGGCUGGCUGAGCUCUUCCUGGUGGCCGGCAGGCAGGGCCCUCGGACGGCGCGACCUCGGCGGGCCACCACCGUGGGCAGCUACACCGUACAGAUGGUGAGCAUGCGGCGGCUGCCGGGUCCCAAGAGCCCAGCGGAGAUGACCUACUACGCCCAGCUGAACGGGGCGCCCGUCACUGGAUCCGCCGCCGCCAAGACCCUCAGCAGCCUGGACUCCCAGACCAUGGCGCUGACACUGGGAUACUUCGUCCAAGUGCAGGCUGAACCUGUGGUGAAGACGCCGCCCAGCAACCUCUGGAUCAUUGCUGUACUGACGCCGCUCUUCCUGCUGAUGGUGGUGAUCGUCAUGGUGUCCUUCAUCCUCUGCAAGAGGAACCGGGUCAUCUUCAAAACUGGCGCCUUCAGGAACUUCAAAACGCGCUCCAAGACGUCAUAUCGAAGGGAGGGCAGUUACCACCACCAGCCUGUCCAGGGCUUUGACUACGCCAAGAAGCACAUGGGCCGAACCGGUGACGAUGCCGUCUCCGUCACCAAGGAGACGCUGGUGCUGGGGCUGCCUGUACGAGACGCUCAGCUGUCGCUGUCACUGGACAAGAAGGUCCACCAGGACGGGACCGGCAGCAAGAGGCCUCCAUCUGCUGACAUACACAAAGGAGGGCGGUUGCCAAGCGAGGAGGACGGCUCGGUGUCAAGUAGCGGCUCCGGGAAGCUGAACACAAGCAAGAGCUCCUCGGCCCGAAGGACGGCGACCGGCGGCAGCAGCAAGAACGGCAAGGAGGAGCUCCACAAGAGGAGCACCAACGACCCGUACGAAGACCAUUCAGGCUCUCUGCGUCUCAUCACCAUUAAACCCAUGACCGCUCAGCCAACCUACUCCUACCCCACCUCCUCAUCCCACAGCCAAGACUCUGUGGUCCUCAACGGGGAGGCCAACCACGGCGGGCUGAAGCAGAAGUCGGACAUCGAGCACUACAGGAACAAACUGCGGCAGAAGGCCCGGAGGAAGGGCUACGGAGAGUUCUCGCUGUCCGAGACCGGCAGCCACGGCUACAACCACCGCAACGGCAGGCACGGUCGGCACGACAACGGGGCCAAGGAGCCGAUGACCGCUGAGGAGAAGAGGGCCUCCUUCGCAGGAUGCCAUAAGAGGUACUCCCACCCACGGGAGCCGGCCUACUGGAGCCGGCAGUCUCUGACCUGCCCGAGCCCAGUGGAGGCGGAGAUGGACCUGCUGGUGCUGAGAGAAAGAUCCAGGAGGGGCAUCCGGAACAACGGCUAUGAUGUGAGUACCGGCGAGCCGGAGCCGUUUGAGGAGACCAACAUGGACCGCCUGAUGAGCUCCCUGGGUUACGGAGGCGGAUCCACCGGCACCGGCAGCCUGGGGGUGAAAGCUCACCGCGGCUCCGACUCCUCCACACUCAGCUCCCAGCCAUCCAUUGAUGAGGUCCGCACGCAGAUGCACAUGUUGCUAGGCAACGCCUUCAGCCUUGCGCCUCCGGACCACGACCCCCCUUCUCCGCCGACCAACCACCACCAUCACCACCACCAUGCCCACAGAGCCUACAACCCGUCCCACACCAGCCACUACAGCGACGGGGUGACCAGCGCCCCGGGGACCAUGAACCACCCCUGUGGAGGCAGGCAGAGGAGUGCAGGAUACGAGGACAUGCACCAGUGUAGCCUGCCCAAACCGGGCUUCCGGUUCACACAGCUUCCGGAUAUGGGCAUCGGGCCCCCGCCGCCGCUCAUCCCCUCAAGACCGGGACUGCCGCCUGGGACCUCAUUGCGACGCUCCACCCCCGACGUUAGUCUGAAGCCCCGCAUGUCGGAGGCCUCGGACCUGCAGGCCCAGCAGCACAACGGGGCCCCGUACCUGCCGCUGUCCAGGGCGCCCUUCCCCUCCGUCACCGUCGACCAGUCCAUCAGCGCCUACUCAGGAAACCCAAUAACAGCAGUCUACGCUAUAUCUGCCAACCGCCCGGGCUACUCAGACUACUUCGUCAUGUCACCGCCGUCCUCGUACCGCAGCCCGUCCUGGAUGUCCUACCCACCCGAGCCAGAAGACCUGCCGCGGCAGUGGAACGACACGCCGAACUCACGUCAUCUUGAAACCAUCUGCUGAAGUCGUCUGCCUGUGACACUGAGUGGGAGCUGAUAGCUCGGUGUCUCUUUGGAUCGGCAGAGGGCCCCACCAAAAACUCUGGAGCUUUAUCGGCCCUCCUACACUUCGGCCCGGGCCUUCCUCCACCACGGCCCCUUCACCUCCCCUCUCUCAGUCCGCUUCAUCAGCAGCUCAAAGGCCCCACAAGCCCCUUCACUUCCCUGUCCCAUGAUUCUCUCGCUCUGCUCCAUGAGCUCCGGAGCCGAUGGUCACCAUCUCUACGUAGACUGCCCCCUCUGUGGUGACCACCCCUUUGUACAGCAAGAGGCCCCCCCUCACACUGCUGAACUGAACUGAGCCGAGCCGAGUGGAGCUGGUGCCGCGCCUCCCUGCAUAAUGCCGCACACAC